GUUGCAGUAGUGUAGAGUAUGCAGUACUGAGUACACGUGUGUAGCUGUCAAAGGAGCGUUUAUCCGUCAAUACCCACUCCCAUGACAUUGAAUUGCACUGUUCGGUGUUUCCUACGCAAUAAUGGCUGAUGCGUUCAGCAGCAGCUCGGAAACGGUAAUUCAGCGCGCUGUAGACGUAACGGUGAAGACAAAUACCCCUCUGGAAAAGCUGGAAGAGUUGUAUCAGAUAAAGAAGACGUGCGACUUCAUCAAUGAGCGUCAGUUUGAAAAGGUUGCUCUGCAGUUUCCGGAUGAGCUUCUGGUGGAUUCAGUUGCAGUAGCAGUGGAGAUUGAGAGAAACAGCAAUGCCAAGCCAUUUAUUUUGGGAGAUACAUCCUAUGGCAGUUGCUGUGUGGACGAGGUAGCAGCAGAGCACGUCGGAGCCGACUGCAUUGUGCACUAUGGCAGCGCUUGCCUCAGCCCGUCCAAAAGGCUGCCCUUGAUGUACGUCUUUGAGAGGAGACCAGUGGAUCUUGAGAAGUGCGCUUCUGCCUUCAGAGAUCUCUACCCUGACAAGCAGAGUCACAUCAUCCUCCUCUAUGAUGUCAACUAUGUUCAUGCCAUAAAUGAUCUUCAGACACUCCUUUCACCAGAGUAUCCAAACCUUGUCAUCUCAGAACUUGUUGUUGAAGGGGAGCAGUGCUACAGUCACGGCUGGAUUAAAAGACACCGUAAUGACACCUGUCUUUCAGAGCGAGAGGUUACCUGUCAGUUUGGAAGACAGCUCUCCUUGAAGAGUGGUUUAAGCAUUUCGGAUUACAGUAUGUUCUAUGUAGGCCAAGAGGGAGCAACCCUGAGAAACUUCAUGAUGACUUGGAAUCGCUGCUCAUUCUGUUCUUUUGACCCCAUAACAAUGACGGGGAGGGCUGAGUCAGUAAGUAUCAACAGAGCACUGAUGAAGCGAUAUUACGCUAUAGAAAGGGCCAAAGAUGCCAGUGUGGUCGGCAUCCUGGUCGGCACACUCGGAGUGGCCGACUACCUCACCGUCAUCGAGCAGUUGAAGGAGACCAUCUGCAGAGCUGGCAAGAAGAGCUACAUGUUUGCCAUGGGGAAACUGAACGUGCCCAAACUAGCAAACUUUCUGGAAAUUGACAUUUUUGUGCUAAUUGCAUGUCCUGAGAACUCACUGCUGGACUCAAGUGAGUUCUAUAAACCUGUAGUAACGCCAUUUGAGAUGGAGGUGGCCUGCAAUAAGAAGAGGGAGUGGUCAGAGGAAUAUGUCACAGACUUUCGACAUCUCCUGCCAGGUGGACGGAGCCAUGUGCCUUUGGCUGAUCGGCAGGAGGACGGCGAGGAGACUGACGUGUCUUUAAUCACAGGAGCUCUGCGAAGCCACAAUCUGCUGCUCAGUGAGCCUGCAGAGUCCUCGUGUGGCUCCUCUGUGGUCCUCAGGAACCAGACGCUGACUGUCGCCAACACCAACUCAGCUGCAUCUUUCCUGGCAGAACGAAGCUGGCGUGGCUUAGAGCAGAAGUUGGGAGAGACACCUGUGGUGAAGGCAGGAAAGGGCAGGAAAGGCAUAGCUAUUGCCUAUGAAGAGGAAGGAACGUCUUCAUGAUAAAUUAAUUCACAAGACUCCAGUAUUUCAUCAUGUCUGCCUGUGCAUAUUGCUGGAAACUGCAAGUUAAAAUAGAUAUCACUGGCUUUGUGCAUUACUUGCUGAAUCACAGAAUGAUUUUGUCCAAUGUUACAACUUGUCAAAGGUAUUGUGGUCAUGUGAAGAAGAGGUUUAUUUUAAAGAAAAUAUGUUUAAGAAUAAUCUUAAUAAAGAAUAUGUAGGCCCUGACUAAUCAACUUUAACUGAUUAUAAGAUGGUUUUGAUAGAUGA